CCAAAAAUGCCACCGGCAACAGCAGCACCACAGUACCCACCUCCAGAUGGAGGUUGGGGAUGGGUUGUGGUCUUUGGGGCUUUUAUCUCCAUUGGAUUUUCCUAUGCAUUCCCCAAAGCCAUCACGGUAUUCUUCAAGGAAAUACAAGAAAUCUUCCACACAUCAUAUAGUGAGAUAGCUUGGAUAUCAUCAAUAAUGUUGGCUGUCAUGUAUGCAGGAGGUCCCAUAAGCAGCAUUUUGGUGAAUAAGUAUGGUAGCCGGCCUGUGAUGAUAGCAGGAGGUAUCCUGUGUUCAUUUGGUAUGAUUGCUUCCUCUUUCUGCAAUAGCGUCCUGGAACUUUAUCUAUGUAUUGGUGUCGUUGGAGGUCUGGGUUUAGCAUUCAACUUACAGCCUGCCUUGACCAUGAUUGGCAAGUAUUUCUAUAAGAAGCGUCCCAUUGCUAAUGGAUUGGCCAUGGCUGGAAGUCCAGUGUUUCUGAGCACAUUGGCCCCUCUCAAUCAAUUCCUCUUUAAUGCGUUUGGCUGGAAAGGAAGCUUUCUCAUUCUGGGAGGACUUCUUUUGAACUGCUGUGUGGCUGGGUCACUUAUGAGACCUGUUGGACCGAAAACAGUCCCUCCUGUGAAAAAAGAUGUUGAAAAAGGCACAGGAGAUUCUGCCUUGCACAAAAACAAUAAGAAGUCUUUUUGGCAAACUAUGAAUAAAUAUCUAGAUCUGUCUCUCUUCAAACACAGAGGGUUUCUGAUCUAUUUGUCAGGAAAUGUCAUUAUGUUUAUCGGUUUCUUCGCCCCAAUAGUAUUCUUGGCUCCUUAUGCCAAACACAAGGGAAUUGAUGAAUAUUCUGCUGCUUUUUUGCUAUCUAUCUUAGCCUUUGUAGACAUGUUUGCUAGGCCUUCAAUGGGACUCGUAGCAAACUCCAAGUUUAUCCGGCCAAAGAUUCAGUACUUUUUUAGUUUUGCUGUCUUGUACAAUGGAGUCUGUCAUAUCUUGUGCCCUCUGGCAACAAAUUACACUGGCUUGGUGAUAUAUGCUGUGUUUUUUGGGUUUGCAUUUGGAAUGGUUAGCAGCGUUCUUUUUGAGACAUUGAUGGACCUCGUUGGGGCUGCCAGAUUUUCCAGUGCGGUUGGACUUGUCACCAUCGUGGAAUGUUGCCCUGUGCUCAUAGGCCCUCCUCUAGGAGGUUGGUUAGUGGAUGUUACUGGUGAAUAUCAGUACAUGUAUUUUGUCUGUGGAGUGAUUGUGAUUGUGGCCAGUAUCUGGUUGUUCAUUGGCAAUGCCAUUAACUACAGGCUUUUGGCAAAAGAAAAGAAGUUAGAAGAUGAGAAGCAGAAAGCACAGAAGAAUGCUGACUCAAAGGAAGCAGAACCAUUAACAAACAAUGAGAACGAAGAUGCUGCCAGCAGAGCUGAUAAAGCUCUUGAAGAUCCUUCAGAAAGAGAAACCAAUAUUUAAUCCGCAAUAUAGCUCAGAAGGCAACAUUUAUGACUUCCAUUAGAAAUAUGUCUUCAAGACACAGGCUAGGUUUUGUGGUAAUAAUGAUCAGUCACAAUAUUGGAUGGGAACAGAUUUUUGCCCCAUGGCAAGACUCUAAGUUAAAUUGCUUUCUACAGUUUAUUUAUUUCAAUGAUACAAAAUUGAGAUUACAGAGGUAAUGGCUCCAUGCAAAUGAGUCCAUCAAACUAUGACUCUGGACAAUCAAGAGUCAGGUAAAUCAAGCUAUAUAUAAAGCCUUCCAGUGACAAACAGUUUUGUUUUAAAAGUAUAUCUAAUGCAAAAGUACCUCUUACUCUUAUUUGGGGAGAUACUUUGUGUUCAUCUUUAGAGUAUUGUUGAAAUAAUCUGCCCAAACUGUACUUACCACUAAUAUUAAAAAGAAUAUAAUUUGUUUCAAAAGAGACAGACUGAGUGAAGCACACUGAAACAUUUUUCUCUUUUGUGUGCCCACUAGAUCAAAAAGAUACAUUAUGUCUGUAUAAACAAUUAUAAUACGGAUGUAAAAGUUAAGGCUAGAAGACAAACAAUUGGUGGGCACCAUCUCUAAAAUACAAUAAACAGCUGAAUUACAAUAUAUUCCAGAAGUUGUAUUCUCCUGUGAUAGCUGACUACAUUGUACUUCAACAUACACAUUUGAACACGAAGUACGUUCAGACCUCACUAAUUCAAACUAAGCUAAAAUCUGCCUGUACAUAAAAGAAUUUAAAACCAAGAUUUGCAUUGCUAACGAGUGGCAAUUAGUUUGUUUGGUUAUGUGUUCCUGUAUGGCUGAAGGAACUGGAUCGGACUGUGAAGCCGUCUUCCUAAAGGGACUAGAUUCAGAACCUGCUGAUGUUAAAAGGAUACUUACCCUUGGCUCUUGUAGCCUGAAUCAGUUUCAUCGCAAUGACUUCAAAGUAGAUGUUUGGGCUUAUUGGCAAGUCAUUAGUUGUUUGAUGGUCUACUGAGAGGGGAUUUAAGGUCUAACUUCAGGUCUUUGCAGACAGGUAACUUUAUACCAGUUCUUACCUCCCUUUCCCAUGUAUUUAGUGAAAAGCUACUUCUUAUUGUAAUGCCAGGUCGAGCAAAAAUGCUACAAGGCACAUUGACGGUGCCAGUCUGGAAGCUUUGUAUUGACGUAUCAUUUUUGUGCAGGGUAUUUGGUCUUGUGUCUACAAUUUCACACAGGCACUCAUAUCAAUUAAAAUGGACACAAUUGUUCCUCUUCCUUUAGGCAAAACGAAGCAAAAGUCUACAAUUUUACUUUACGGAAUUUAGCAUUGCACUUGAAAGCUAAAUGUGCAAUCUUCUGAAGCUAUUAAGUGAAAAUAUUUCUGUUCUAUUUGUAGGUGAGGAAAGGUGCUAUUUGUUUUGGAGGGAUUCAUAUAAAUGCCUCAGAAAUUGUGAAAAUUAAGGGUCUGAUUCAUAAAACAUUUAUGCACUAUUUAUGCAGAAUACACAUACAUUCAAUUCAGGGAAGAGAAUAUCAUUCAUUUUAGCCCUCUUUUAAAUCUCAAAAAGUUGCAAAUAUAUUGGACAGACAGCUAGCUGUGUAAAACAUACUUUGAAGCACCAAUAACAAAAGAAAAAAUUAAUGGUAAAAUCUAGCAAAUAAGUGAGUCCUUUUGAAGAAAGAGUAGUGUUCAAUAUUAUUAUUUUCAUUCUUCUAAAAAUUUUGGUAGUGCUUGCUUCUGUUUUGCUGGGUUAUCAUCUUAUAUACUAUGAACUUCCACAGUAAUGCUGAACUUUUUCAUUAUCUCAGCACCAUUUUGGGGGAGAAGCAUCAUGAAUCUACUCACGGCGUGGUACAGAAAUAAAUACCUACUUUUAACCUAAUUAUAUGCAGAAAAACUAAACACCUUCUACAAGUCCCACAUCAGCAACAAAAUAUGUACAUCUCAGAGUUUUGGGAGAAAAUAUGGGUCACCUGCUCAGAUUUGAGCAGUCAACUGUGUAAAGGAGAACGAUUUAGUCCCAGUAAAAUUACAGUUCCUCUCCCAGCCCCCAGCUUCAGAGAAGAAAUAAAUACAUUGCACCUCCUUCCGAACCAUAACCCUGCCAGCACCCCAUGAGGUAAAAGCGUUGCUCUGUUUUUGGCUAUACAAACAUACAGGGUGAAUUCCAGGAUCUGCGAAGGCCCUAUGUGCCCAGAGCCAGGAAUUGAUGAGGAGUUUCAUAGACACUAAGCUUUCAUACAGUGAGGAAUAUCAGUUAUAAAGACUGGAUUGUGAAAGAUGAACUGAAAUUUUAGCAAAAGAGUAGUCAUCAGGAACAUCACUCUGCUCUUGACAGCAAGUGGUAGAAAGGCAGAGAUUAUUUGAAAAGAGGUGAAUAUAGAGGCUGAACCAAAAUGACUGAGGCAAAAUUCUCGGUGCUUAUUAUCUCUUUGCAAAAAACAGCGUGAUUAAAAAUAUAGGGUAGAAGACAACAAGUGUCAAGUUUUGACUUAAGUCUAUUAAAAGUUGCUGUUGAGUUAAUAAGGAACUCAGAAGAAAGAUGAUAAAAAAAGGCUCUCAGGAAACAUGCAGGCAACUUACCUGUUCUGUGCAGGAUCACAGAAUACAAUGCGACAUGGCAUAGGAAAUAAGGGAAAAACAAGGUUCCUUGAGCCAUAGACACACCUGACCACCAGUAACAAAAAUUAUGUUACUAUCUCAGAGGAAAUAAAAAUUUAUAUAAACACAACCCUCUGAAGAGCUACUACUCUUCCAUCUCUGGUCAAUAAUGUUAAAAAAUAAUAGGAAUGAAAGAGCUGCUUUACCACCACUCACCAACAUGAAAUUUUUAAUCCCAUAGGGUAAAAUGAUGUAGCAGACAACUGGAGCAAUAUAGAGUAUGAAUUGAGUCAAGUGAAACAUUUCCUUAUACCUCUUUCAUUACUUUUCAUAAUAAUACUAGCAACAAAAUAAAAACCAUCAUAAUACUCUUGAUAUUACUGAAUAUUAAGGAAGUUAAAAUCCAGAGAUGAAUGAAGAAAAUUGGAACCAUAUCUAUGCAAAAACUGUCUGGAAUUAAAAAACUGUCUUCCAAAUAACAGGUCCUAAAGGGGCAAUUGCCUUGUAUAUGUAGCUCUUAUUCCUAAAAGUAAUAAUAACAAUAAAUUGCCUUGAAUCAAUUCUAUACUUAGCAGCAAAGUAGCAAAAUGAGCAUAACUCGCCUUCAAACCCCCGAAUAUCACUCGUACUUGCACUGAGCUGUAAUUUGUACUGCAAAUCUUUUCAUCAUUACAUUUCUGCUUUCAGGAUAAGACCUGGGUAAAUACCAUCUCUCUAAAUCCCCCUGGUUUCUUUUAAAUACCUUGCCCCCAGUCUGGACCACUGCAGGGCCAGGACUAAGAGAUGCCCCUGCCCUACAAUCAAGAAAUGUGCUCUCAAACUUCAAGACAUACCAGAUGCAUCUGUUAUGCACUAUGGAGUCUGUAGUCUCUGUCAGUCAGUGCAAGCAAAUCCUUAAUUGCUUUUAAUCUCAUUUAUACUCAUGUAUACUUCAUCUUCUUCAUUUCUCUGCCACAGUAUCACUGAGCCUAAUUAUCAUCUUGCUCUUAUUUGAUCAAUCAAGAAAAAUAGUGCCAAAAUUUUAAAAUUAGUAGGAAAGGGGAUAACAUCAAUAAUAUUUUUCCUAUUUAGCUUCAAGGUUAAAUUUCAAGUAGUUUCAGAGUAGACAUCCAGAUACUUUUCUCUCUUUAGGGUUUUCUGACAUCGUAUUCUCUAGUAGCCGGAGGGUUCUUCUGUGUUGUCCUUUCCAAUUCCAGAAAAAGACUUCUCACCAAUAAUUCUCAGUACUUUUUCAAGAACAUAUCAAAAGUUCACCCUCCAACCUCUCGCCAUUGAACUGUGGUUGCAAAUGUUGUCAGUUCUGUAUUUCCAUUAAGUUCACAAAUGGAUCUUUUCAUAUGAAAACCUGUAGCAUAAGUAGUCAGACUACAAUCCUUUUAUUUCAGAAGUGUGAUUUGUGAACUGUUUUGACAGAGUUAGGGAAAGUCUUAUUUUAUCUUCAACUAGAUUUUUUUUUUUUUCAAUAAUGCUGUCCUUAUGAGAGAAAGUUCAACUUUACUUACUGCUGAAGUGAACGGCAGCAAUUUCACUGACAUCACGAUUCAAAAUUCACAUGAAUUUUAAUGGUCUUUUUGCAUAUCAGCAUCCAGUGUGCUUAAAAAAACAUUUGGCAGUGUGUACAUAAUUGUUCCUCCCAGAGAACUCUCGUUCCUCUCGAAGGUUCCCUACCCCAUUCUCCAUUUUGAUGUAACACAAAGAAUUUGGGCCUGGCACGUAGUGACUUCUCUUAAAUGUUUGCUUGUCAUUCUCUGUCCUCAAAUGCCUAAGCAACCUUUUCACUUGCUACUUUCAGGUCUGGAUGGUUGUGAGUAUUAGUGGGGAGGUAUUAUUCAGGUACAUAAUAAGCUACAGAUACCACAUACAGCCAGAUUUGGGGCAGCCAUCAGGAUUUCACUAAACAAAGCCAAUGACCACUUUUAUAGACGAACAUGCUGUAACUGAUACUGACAAUUUUGCCUACAACAAAAUUGAAUUGAGGCAACUCUUGUUAGUUUCUCUAUAGAUGACUAUUUUUCUACUCACAGAGAGGAAUAUAAAGGGAAUUUUUAAAUAAUUAUUUUCCGAGAUGACUUAUCAAUUUUAAUAAGGCUCUCUGGACUUUUUUGGGGGUGGGUGCUUUUCUGAUAUUUGUGCAUAUAUAUAUAUAUAUAUAGAAAGUGUUUGCAUGUGUUAUCACCUUUUUGAUCACAAUUUCAUAAGCAUUGCUAUGUAAUUUCAACAUAAUUUGCAUGUUGUUGUUUUGCAGUUCAAAUUUUUCUCGUCAUCUACCUCUCAAUUGAAGUUUGGAGAUUUGCACGACCCUGGAAGAGUACAGUUAACAAAAAGCAUAAUGAUAAAACCUGUACAGACUAUUAGAAAGUCUCCCAAAUAUUUGAAGCUACUUACAGUUCUAUUUUUAAGGCAGUGCAUAUUUAUGACCAAAUUCUUGUAUCAGUUGGCAUAGUUUUAUUAAAUCUAAAGAUAUAACCCAUACUGGUGUAGUUUUUACAUCACUGAACUGGUAUAAAAACUCAAUGUGUUAUUUGGAUAUCCAAAGUCUACUGCCCUUUCUGUGAGAUGCUGGCCCUCUUUUUUUUUUGGUUUUCUUUCCAUUUCUGAA